UUCGGUAUCGGUUCGCGAGUUCUGUCCCGUCCCCUGCUCCUGCCGAGGAUGCAGCUGGGCGAGCCGCCGCUACUGCUGGCGGCUGCAGGGACCCUGCCGGCCCCUCCGUUCUACCCGCUGGAGGGCGGCGGCGGCGGGGCAGGGGCGGGAACUGGGGCGGUCGCUGGCGGCAGCUCUCGUGGGCCGCCCGGGCCGGGGUCGCCUCCGCGCCUUGACCUGGACAAGACGACCAAGAAGUUUGGAGCAGCCCCGGCCAUGCUGGGAGAAGCGGAGGCAGGCGAGCCGCCCUUCGCCGCUCCCAAGCCGGACGGCCGCAAGGCCACCCCCUGCGGCGAGGAGGAGCUGCCCCCGGCCGCCGCUGCCCGAUACUCCAUGGACAGCCUGAGUCCCGAGCGUUACUACCUGCAGUCCCCCGGGCCACCAGGAGCCGAGCUGGGGGGGCCGUGUGCCCUGUUCCCUUACCCGCCAGCCGCUCAACAUGGCACCGUCUACCAGACGCCCGGCGGCUCUCGCUAUCCCUACGGCUCAGUGCUGUCGCCGGGCAGCUUCACGGGCACCGUCUGUCCGCCCGGUAGCCGGCCGCAGUUCGGCGGCGGCAGCGGGUACCAGUACGGGCAGGCAGCGCCCGGAGGACCUCUCUACGGCCCGUAUUCGGCGGCGUCGGGCUCCUGCGGCGGGCUGGGGACGCUAGGGGUGCCUACCGCCGGCCCAGGGUUGAGGGCGCAGGUUUUUCUCUGCAACCGCCCGCUUUGGCUCAAGUUCCACCGACAUCAGACGGAGAUGAUCAUAACGAAGCAAGGCCGGAGGAUGUUUCCUUUCUUGAGCUUUAAUAUCACUGGCCUCAAUCCCACCGCCCACUACAAUGUCUUCGUGGAAGUGGUGUUGGCAGACCCCAACCACUGGCGUUUCCAAGGGGGCAAGUGGGUGACUUGCGGCAAGGCAGACAGCAACAUGCAAGGCAACAAGGUGUACGUCCAUCCCGAGUCGCCCAACACCGGGGCUCACUGGAUGAGGCAGGAAAUUUCUUUCGGGAAGCUGAAGCUAACGAAUAAUAAAGGUGCUAACAACAACAACGCGCAGAUGAUAGUACUGCAAUCUCUACAUAAAUACCAGCCCCGGCUUCACAUUGUGGAAGUGACUGAAGAUGGUGUUGAAGAUCUGAAUGAUUCCUCCAAGACCCAAACAUUUAUUUUCCCUGAAACGCAGUUCAUAGCAGUUACAGCAUAUCAAAACACUGAUAUUACUCAGCUGAAAAUCGACCAUAAUCCUUUUGCAAAAGGCUUCAGAGACAACUAUGACUCCAUGUACACAGCCUCAGAAAACGACAGAUUAACUCCAUCUCCCACGGAUUCUCCUCGAUCCCAUCAGAUAGUGCCUGGUGCCCGAUAUAGUGUGCAACCAUUCUUCCAAGAACAGUUUGUCAACAACCUGCCCCCAUCCAGAUUUUACAAUGGUGAGAGAACCGUCCCUCAGACAAAUGGCUUGCUCUCCCCACAGCAGAACGAAGAGGUGGCCAGCCCUCAGAGGUGGUUUGUAACACCUGUUCAGCAACCCAGUACCAACAAACUGGACAUGAACUCCUAUGAGUCUGAUUAUUCUCCCAGCACCUUGCUCCCUUAUGGCAUUAAAUCCCUCCCUCUUCAGACAUCCCAUGCUCUGGGAUACUACCCUGACCCAACAUUUCCAUCCAUGGCAGGCUGGGGCAGCAGGGCCUCUUACCAGCGAAAAAUGACAACAGGGUUACCUUGGACCUCCAGAACAAGCCCUCCAGGUUUCUCUGAAGACCAUCUUUCCAAGGAGAAGGUGAAAGAAGAGAUCGGUUCAUCCUGGAUAGAGACUCCACCCUCCAUAAAGUCUCUAGAUUCAAACGAUUCUGGUGUCUACACGGGUGCUUGUAAGAGAAGGCGGUUUUCCCCUAGCACUUCCAGCAAUGAAAAUUCUCCAACCAUGAAAUGUGAGGACAUUAAUGCUGAUGACUAUAGCAAAGACACUUCAAAAGGCAUGGGCUACUAUGCAUUCUAUACUAGCUCUUAAAGCAUACUUCUGUUCCAAUUGGCUUUUUAUUUCAGGGUGGCCUUGGGUUUUCUACAGUUGCCAAAAAGACUCUUACCUUCCACCUUGAAUUGUUGUGUGCAAUUCUAAAGAAGGUACCAAAGCUUUUUGACUGUUGCAGGUGACAAAGUAAGGAAAGAGGGAACUGCAGUAGAAUUCAUACCCUAUUUUAGAAGAAACUAUCCAUGGAAGCUAGAUGGAGCCUAGAUUUUUACCAUGUGGUUUAUUUACUGAAUGCAAGUGUGGUUUGUCUUGGCUCACAGGCCUGAUCAAAUGUAUGCACUUCUGGGCAAGGUAAUGAGCGGGGGAGGGGGAGGAAAGGAGGGAUAGGAUCCCAAACUUUCUUCCUUUCUGCUCCUCUAGUAAGAGGGCUGGAGUUUAGGGAGCUGCACAAAAAAAAGCUUUGCUUCACAUUGAGUUUUCUUCAACCUUUACCUGCAGCAUAGCUGGCUGAGUCGAGUAUCAUUCAGCUAAGGUUUUCCUUGGGAGAAGAUAGCCAAAAUAAAGUCUCUUCACCAGGCAGGUUUUUGACUUCAUGAUGGGAUUACAAUGACCAAAUCUUGACUUGUAUUAGUUUAGAAGGUGUAUUUAAAAAAACAACAAGCAAACAAAAACCCCACCUCCACCCCAAAAGCCUAACCUUUUUAUUCAGGUUUAUUCAACAAAGUGUACAGUUGUGUUUUUAUCUAGGCACACUAUAGAAUAUUGUGGAAUAAUGUAUAAUAGUUGUUCUAUAGCUGUUCAAUCGGAAGGACCUCUGGUAAUACUUUGAAGUUGAAAAGAUUUUUGUUUUUAAUCAAGCUCAGCAGAUGCAACACGUGAAAAACCUGAACAGAUUUGUAUUUGUGUAUGUAAAGUGACUUUUUCAGCUGCCCUGUACAAAACUGGAAGUGAUGUAACUUACCUACUCCUCUUGCCUCUACUUUCAGUCUUUUCAAUUGAUCAGCUCUAGAGCACUGGCACACAAACUUGACUCUGCUUUUCUUUUCUAUGUACAUAGUCAUUUUUAAUAAAUGUGGUGGUGGUGCCAGG